ACCCUAUCAAUAAGAUUCAGUUAGCCAAGGUGGAGGAUGGGAGCAGCAUGGAACUGUCCCAGCUCCUCAAUGAGAUCAGGGCAAACUAUGAAAUGCUCCUCAACCGAGGAGGGACCCAGGUAAUGUCCACAUACAGACAGGCACCUACUAGAAUAAGGAGACAAUCCAGUGAGCACUCAAUUCCUCUCUCAGCCUCUGUGAGAUAUACAGGAGCGUAGCAGCUUUAAGACCAUCUUCUCGGAUUUGGUUUACCCUAAAGUAGUUCUCCACCCGGGCCACAUAAGAGCUCCAGCAUUCCAGAUGAGCUGUGUCAAAUUCAGAGAGACGGCCUAGUUUGGACAUCGUUACUGCCCGGUAAUCUCAUCAACGCUUCAUGUUGCAAGGUUUGAGAAGGGGUCCCUUUUGCCGAGCAUUCCUCCAGCGUUCUCAUACUGGUAGGCAGAGUUGCGAUCUUCAGACGCCGAACUUCCCCACGCUUCAGGCCUCUCUUGCUAGAAAAAGUCACAACUGCAAGAAUGAACAAAGAUGAGGAAAUCUUAAAGGCAGCAAGGGCAGAGCUAAAUGAAGCUAGACGCCAGUGGCAUCAUAUGCAAACCGAAAUAGACUCUCUUCAUGCCAUGGAAAGGGGGUUGGAGAAUUCGCUACGGGCCACAGAACUACGAUACCAAACACAGCUCAAGCACUUAGAAACAGAGAUUGAAGAUCUGGAGAAGGAACUCCAAGAAGUGCGGCAGGACAUCGAAAAACAGCUCCAGCAACAUGAAAUAUUAUUGAAUUCCAAGAUGAGACUUGAGCAGGAAAUAGCUACCUAUCGUAGUCUGCUGGAGAAGGAAGAGAAAAGGUUUCAUUAUUCAAAACACGAAGAAACAAAAGAUGUCAGAAAACCUACUACCAGCCGAAUAGCAUUUAUUUUACCUUCAUCAAGCAAGCUAAAAAAACAUGAAAUUGAAAAAGUGGAAAUAUUGUCAAAGCAAGCAGUCUUAAAUGGAGGUAUUGCAAAGGAUAGCACAGACACUCAUAGUACAAUACAGACAGAAAAAGUAGAUGAAGUGAUUAAAGAGUGGGAAGGCUCUUUCUUCAAGGAUAACCCUCACUUAAGAAAAAAGUCUGUUUCUUUGCGCUUUGAUCUUCACUUGGCAGCUACAGAUGAAGAUUGUUUACAUAUGAAACAGAAAAGUCUGCCUGAUAUUGAAGUGAGAUUGAUUAUGAGAAGGUCUUGCAGCAUCCCAUCAAUGAAAACUUAAAUCAGCGUCAAUUCAGAAAUUGAACAAGUGUUCAGUUAAUUCUUUAAAGCAAUGGUUCUUUGGUUUUUUUUAAAUAGGAUUAAUCAUUAUAAAAAAUCGAAUAACCCUUGAGUUUUUCGCAAUAGAAUUGUCCUUUAUACAAAAACCAUAGUGCUCAUGCUUGCAAAUAUGUGAAAAACAGAAUUGUAUGGAAUUGGCAUUAAAAAUAUUGCAUUUCAAAUCUCAAUUAUUUUAAUUUUGUGAAGGAGCUUUGUAGUCUCAUUGAAUACAUGUCAAUGCUAAACACUUGUGGCAGCUAGCUAAAUAAAAAUUGAU